AUUAAGCGCAAAAAGCGCGAAUUCUAAAGAAUUUUUGCAAUUAUUUGCAAAUUCUGUCUUUGAGAGCCACAAUAUAUCAACAAAGUGUCCACUAUGUCGGAUGCAGAAGAUCUCCUCUACGCCAUGAUGCUGGACAAGCAGCUGAAUGGGGAGUCGAAUCUAAAUAAUUCCAACGCAGAAGUUGACCCCCAGUCAGACUACGAGCUGGCCGUUAAAAUCCAGGCCCUUAUGGAUGCGGAGAAUGAGCCAGUCCAGGAAACGGCCAGGGACAGUGAUUUGGACACUAGUUUACAGUUUGUGUACCCCUCAAAUAACCCGAAAUCGAGCACAAUGAAUAACAAUAAGACUGUAAUAAAAGCCGCUGCUGCUAAAAAACAGCAGCCAAAGACCGCCAUUCAGGCCAGCCAUGAUGAUUUUCUCAACCAGACCGUGAACCUGGUCCAUCCGCAGUGGGAGCUGGUCGAUCCAACUCCGGACAUUUACUCAAUGUUUUUGCGCUUUGAUGAGAAGUUCUUCCAGCAGCGCCUGGGAGCAGUUGCCCUCGAAUGGAGCAAGCGCAUGUACUCGUGCGCUGGAAUCUGCUACCAGAGAGGCUCUGCGUACUUCAAGGAGGUCACCAUCCGGCUCAGUGAGCCACUACUCAAGCUGCGUCCACGCAAGGAUCUCGUGGAGACACUGCUGCACGAGAUGAUCCACGCUUAUUGCUUUGUACUUAACAUUCGCGAGGGUAACGGGGGCCACGGCCCCAAUUUCAAGCGCAUCAUGGAGACGAUCAACAAGGUGGCCGGCACCAACAUCACCGUGUACCACUCCUUCCACGACGAGGUUGCCGCCUAUCGCACGCACAUCUGGCGCUGCACAGGCAUCUGCCAGAAUCGCACGCCAUUCCAGGGCUAUGUGAAGCGCACCAGCAACCGGGCACCCGGACCCAACGACCAGUGGUGGGCCAAGCACCAGCGCGAGUGCGGAGGCACCUUUAUGAAGGUGGGCGAACCGCAGACCGCCAAGAUAAAAGCACCAAAACCGGUUAAGCCGCCGCCGAAGCCUAGCCAAGAUCAACAGGACUUAUACGAAUGGCUGAACAAGAAACCGAUCCCACCGGCGGACAAGAAAGCGGCAAUCGAUACCGCUUUACUGGGCAACCUGGUAAGCGCUGUGCCGCCGACCUCAUAUCCGGGCCUCUCGUCCAAACCAUUUGUCAGGCCGGAGAAACCGGCUGCAGCCAAAAAGCGUGGCUCCAAUGUCGUUGGCUUCGCUGAUCUUUGCAGCAGUGACGAUGACAACGAACCUGCCGGAGGACGACAGACUCCACGGGCUAACGCUGAGAUGAACGGGCCGGGAUACAGUCUCAAUGGCGGGAAUCCGAAUGCAGAUGUAAAGAUUAAUGAAUCGGAUCUCCGUAAGAUUCGUCUAAAGCGAUUCGGCCAGACUAACACCUCGCAAGAACCGAGUAAGCCGGAGGUGGUGCCAGCCAGAAAGAGACGUCGCCCAUCCGCAGACGACGAAAUCGUUACCUGGGAGUCAUACGACGAUGAUGUGUGGAUCCAAAAUACAUCCGUUCCCACUGUAAACCUGGAUGACGAUGGAAGCGAGUCGGAGGAAGUCAUGGUGCCGGGGCCUAAGACGCGCAUGAGCCAGCAGCAGCGCACCAUGAACAUCAAACGCGAGGUGAUGGAGGAGGAAUCGAGCUAUACUGAAGACGACAUCCUUUUCAUUGACGACGAAUACAAUGACAAUGAGGCGGACAACGAUAUAAGCCUCACUGCUGCCACCGAGUUGGCCGACCAGUCCAUCAUCGAUGAUCUCUUUGGGGAAGACACCCUGUUGAAGGAGUUCCAGCGCGAGAACGCCGCCAUGCCCACUUGCUCGAAUUACUCUAAUUGUGUGGACAACGACAUCGUCUCCUGUCCGAUUUGCUUUGAGAAGAUGAAGCGUACUCAGCUGGCCAAUCACUUCGAGGGCUGCAGCAUUACGGUUCGCGUGGAGCCGCCAUCUUUUAGCCGCAAGGGCACUUCGAAGAACCCAGCAAAGAAGCCCGGCGGCUCGAAACCAUCCACUUCCCGCGGCUCCAAGCCACAGAGUCGCGAUUCACAACAACAAUUUCUCCGCAACGCCGGUUACACCGAUGAGGAGAUUGCCGAGUUAAACCUGAACUCCUCCAAUGAUUCCGUGGUCGCAGUGGAGUCGAGCGAGGAUGAGCUUACUCCUCGUCAGCGCCGCCAGCGCAACCUGUUUAAGCAGACCGUGGGGUGCCCGAAAUGCGGCCAGGAGCUGAUGGGCCACCAGCUGGAGGCGCACCGCUCCGUUUGCACCAAGAACCGUCGCUAAGCAUACAGCUAAUACCGCUAAAGCAACAAUGAAGCUAUCCAUAUUUAUGUACCACUGAAUGUACUUUUUUUUUUCAUUUGUUAACGAUCUGUGAAUAAAACUAUUAUAUUACAAGAUGCGGCCAAAA